AUGAGGGGAAAGGUCCAGGCUGGAUUAAAGCAACUGGCCAAAAAUAAGGCCUCAGGAAUUGAUGGGACACCAAUUGGCAUUUAUCAACUAACAGAUGCAGCCAUGGUUGUGAUAACCAGGUGUAUGCCAGGAAGUUUAAAAGAAAGCUAUCUGGAGUGGUUCCCUGGCCCGGCCCGCUCCCGGCUCCGGGGCCUCUGGCCUGGGCCCCGACCGGCCCAGGGCUGCGGGAGGCUUGGCCGGGAGCGCGCCGCCGUGGACACCCCGGCGCCUGGCGCCACGGGAACCCCAAGCCCCGGCCUUAGUUUCACUUUUUGCUUUUGCUCCACUGCGGAGGGAAGGCAGGACGGGAGUGCCGACAAGAUGGCGGACGGGGAGCUCAUCACAGGCAAGGAAGAUGCUGCCAAUAAUUAUGCCCGUGGGCACUACACCAUCGGCAAAGAGAUCAUUGACCUCGUCUUGGACCGAAUAAGAAAACUGGCUGACCAGUGCACAGGUCUCCAGGGCCACAACUUUGGUGGGGGCCUGAAUGUCGAUCUGACAGAAUUCCAGACCAAUCUGGUGCCCUAUCCCCGCAUCCACUUCCCUCUGGCCACAUAUGCCCCUGUUAUCUCUGCUGAGAAAGCUUACCAUGAACAACUUUCUGUAGCAGAGAUUACCAAUGCUUGCUUUGAGCCAGCCAACCAGAUGGUGAAAUGUGACCCUCGCCGUGGUAAAUACAUGGCUUGCUGCCUGUUGUACUGUGGUGAUGUGGUUCCCAAAGAUGUCAAUGCUGCCAUUGCCACCAUCAAGACCAAACGCAGCAUCCAGUUUGUGGAUUGGUGCCCCACUGGCUUCAAGGUUGGUAUUAAUUACCAGCCUCCCACUAUGGUGCCUGGUGGAGACCUGGCCAAGGUGCAGCGAGCUAUGUGCAUGCUGAGCAACACCACAGCCAUUGCUGAGGCCUGGGCUCGCCUGGACCACAAGUUUGAUCUGAUGUAUGCCAAGCGUGCCUUUGUUCACUGGUACGUGGGUGAGGGGAUGGAGGAAGGAGAGUUUUCUGAGGCCUGUGAGGACAUGGCUGCCCUUGAGAAGGAUUAUGAGGAGGUGGGUGUGGAUUCUGUUGAAGGAGAGGGCGAGGAAGAAGGAGAAGAGAGUACUAAUUCCUUUCAGCCCUUUAGCAUAUCACACUCAGAAUUGACAAAGCUUUCUGGCUAG